AUGGCAAACAUCUCUGUGGCAAGCAUUGACUAUGCUGACUAUUAUGAUAUUUAUGUUGUACCUUGGGAGGAUUAUAAAAACAUCUUCUUCAUCAAGCAUGUAGUGACAUGCAUCAUUAUUUCUAUCGGUCUCCCUUUGUUACUCAUGGCCAUCUAUGCUCUCUACUCUCUGGUAAAGAAUGGUCAGGUGGCUCCAAUCUACAUCAUCAACCUUUUCAUAUCAGACCUCAUUCAGUUCUGCUUUCUGAUCGCUUUGGAGUCCAAACCUGAGGAAGUGAUGAUACAAAUUAUUCUGAACUGUAUUUACAUAUGUGGUCUAUUAACUAGUGUUGGCUUCAUGCUGUGUAUUUCACUGGAAAGAUAUUUGCUCAUCGCCCACCCACUGUGGUACCGCUUCAGACGAACCAUCAGGAUCUCUGUGGGGGUCUGUGUUGUAGUCUGGAUCAUACCUCCCAUCUUGAUUUUUACUGUGUUCACCUGGAAUACUGGGUUUGAUGUAAAAAUUAUCUUCUUCAUCUUCUUCAUCAUUCCCUUCCCACUGUUCAUCUUCUUCCUGGUUGGGACCCUCAGAGCUCUCUCUACUUCUGUCUCAGUCCCCUCUGAUGAAAAACGGAGAAUCGUGGCAAUCUUAGUCCUGGUGCUGCUGAUUUAUACUCUGCUGUUCCUGCCUUACAUUAUUGCCCUCAUUGCAGGAAAACAUAUCCAUGAUCUCACUCUAAUUGACCUGUCCACCAUGUUUGUAAGGCUGAGUCCACUUGCAGACUUACUUCUGUUUGUUUUCAUCAAAAAAGAGACCUUUGGGAAGCUUUGGACCUCUGUGUGCUGUUGCAGAAAGGAGAACAAUGACACCAACAACACCAGCACAAUCAAUCUAGACCACACAGAGACCAGUGGUUAUCAGUUAGGGGGGCGGAGCCAAAAAGUAGCUGAUUGAGCUGUUUUCAGAAGGUCACAAAUAUGGGGGUCAGAAGUUC